AUGGUUGACCCCAAACGCAACAUCAAUAAGCUAACCGAAGAGGACGUUAUGUUUCUUAACGAGCUGGAAGAGGAGUCCAAAGACCGAUACACCGAGAACGACCCGGAGUAUCGAGCAGUGUGCGAAAAGCCCGUAAAACCACCGCCGAUAGUACAUCCCUGGAAAAAAUCAAGCCCCUACGGUGGUGGACACCAUGGCGGUGGAUAUUAUGGUGGCGGGCAGCGUCGCGGUGGCUACUAUAAUAAUAAUCGUGGUCGGCCUCAUCGUGGCAACCGGUAUGACCCCUAUAACAAUUCGUAUCGUGAUCGUAGUUAUGGCAGCCGUUACAGUGGUGGAGGUGGCGGCGGUGGCGGUGGUGAUUACGAUAGAAAUUACCGUCAAAGCUACAGCCGCAGAUAG